AUGUCUUCAGGUCGUAGGUUUCCUGUUGAUAUUUAUUAUACAAAAGCGCCUGAAGCGGAUUAUCUGGAUGCUGCUAUGGUUACUGUUCUUCAGAUUCAUUUAACUCAACCACUCCCCGGUGAUGUUCUUGUUUUUCUUACUGGUCAAGAAGAAAUCGAAACUUUAAUGGAAUCUUUAUUGGAACGAACAAAAUAUCUGGGAAAAAAAAUUAAAGAAUUAAUCGUUCUUCCCAUUUAUUCAAAUCUACCAUCCGACUUGCAAGCAAAAAUUUUUGAACCCACACCUCCAAAUGCUAGAAAGGUAGUUUUAGCCACAAAUAUUGCUGAAACUUCAGUUACCAUCGAUGGUAUAUGUUAUGUGAUUGAUCCCGGAUUUACGAAACAAAAUUCUUUUGAUGCUAGAGGUGGUGUUGAACAUUUACAAGUUGUAACUAUAUCGAAGGCAGCAGCGAAUCAGCGCGCUGGAAGAGCUGGUCGCACUGGUCCUGGAAAGUGUUUCCGAUUGUAUACUUCGUGGGCUUAUAAAAAUGAACUCGAUGAUCAGCCUAUCCCUGAGAUCCAGAGGACGAAUUUAGCGAAUGUUGUUUUAAUGUUAAAGAGUUUGGGAAUCCAUGAUCUCGUACACUUUGAUUUCCUAGAUCCACCUCCCCAAGAAACAUUAGUAAUAGCUUUGGAACAGUUGUAUGCUUUGGGAGCGCUCAAUCAUCGUGGAGAGUUGACCAAAUUGGGAAGGAGAAUGGCAGAAUUUCCUUGCGAUCCUUGCAUGAGUAAAAUGAUCAUUGCAUCAGAAAAAUAUGAAUGUUCUGAAGAAAUUAUUACCAUUGCGGCGAUGUUAUCGUGUAAUGCAGCUGUAUUUUAUCGGCCUAAAGCUAUGGUAAUACAUGCAGAUGCGGCGCGUAAAGGAUUCUGGAAGCCUGGUGGAGACCAUUUGACUCUUUUAUACGUUUAUAAUCGAUGGAAAGAAACGAAUUAUUCAUCGCAGUGGUGUAUGGAGAAUUUUGUGCAGCACAGAACUAUGCGGAAAGCACGGGAUAUUCGAGAUCAGCUGGAAGGAUUACUUGAAAGAGUCGAAAUAGAACAAAAAUCGAGUGAUGAUUCAGUUGCAAUAAGAAAGGCAAUAACUUCCGGUUAUUUUUAUAACUGUUCAAAACUCGAUAGCAGUGGUCAUUAUAAAACUGUGAAACAUAAACACACUGUACAUAUACAUCCGAAUUCUUCUUUACUUGAGGAAACACCAAGGUGGAUGAUCUAUUAUGAACUUGUCUCUACAUCAAAGGAAUUCAUGAGAGAGGUGAUAGAGAUUGAGAGUGCUUGGCUUAUGGAAGUAGCACCUCAUUAUUACAAAUUAAAGGAACUAGAAGAUCCGACAAAUAAAAAAAUGCCAAAACAAAAAGGAAAAGUAGCUGCUGAACUUUUUUCUAUUUAA